UCAAACUUUAAAUAUGACAAGCACAUCAUUAUGAGAACCCAAUGUCUUAUGUAUCGGUGAAAUUUAGCGGCUGCUCGGAGAGCAAGGGGAUUCGGUACGAAACUGACAACCUGGACUUCAAGGUGAGGACCGAUGGAACCGUCUACGCUACCAAAAGGGUGCAAAUCCCCUCGGAGCAGACAAUAUUUAUGGUGACGGCAUGGGACCACCAGGCCCUAGAAAGAUGGGAAACAAUGGUCAGGUUACUGGUGGGAGAGAAAUCCCAACACAAGGGACACAAGCAGAAAGGAAAAAAGAACAUGUCAUCGGACCUCACGCAGCUGCCUAGCGACACGCUGUUACCCUGGCGCCAUCACCAGAAUUCUCAUGGGCUCAGGCGGCAAAAGAGAGACUGGGUUAUCCCACCAAUCAAUGUGCCAGAAAAUUCGAGAGGACCUUUCCCACAGCAGCUGGUUAGGAUUCGUUCAGAUAAGGACAGUGAGAUCCAUAUAAGAUACAGCAUCACAGGAGUGGGAGCUGACCAACCUCCUAUGGAAGUCUUCAACAUUGACCCCGUGUCAGGGAGGAUGUACGUGACCCGCCCAAUGGAUAGAGAAGAAAGAGCAUCCUACCAUCUCAGAGCACAUGCGGUUGAUAUGAAUGGAAACAAAGUGGAAAACCCAAUUGACCUCUACAUCUAUGUCAUCGACAUGAACGACAAUAGACCAGAGUUCAUAAACCAAGUCUACAAUGGCUCUGUUGAUGAAGGAUCUAAACCAGGAACAUAUGUAAUGACGGUGACAGCAAACGAUGCCGAUGACAGCACCACAGCCAACGGGAUGGUGAGGUACCGGAUUGUGACGCAAACCCCACAGAGCCCGUCCCAGAACAUGUUUACCAUUAACAGUGAGACAGGAGACAUCGUGACAGUAGCUGCUGGGCUUGACAGAGAGAAAGUUCAGCAAUACACAGUCAUCGUUCAGGCCACAGAUAUGGAAGGAAAUCUUAACUACGGUCUCUCAAACACAGCAACAGCCAUCAUUAUGGUGACAGAUGUGAACGACAACCCACCCGAAUUCACCGCCAGCACUUUUUCCGGUGAAGUCCCAGAAAACCGAGUGGAAGUUGUGGUUGCUAAUUUAACGGUGAUGGAUCGAGAUCAGCCACAUUCACCCAAUUGGAAUGCUGUUUACCGGAUUAUCAGUGGAGACCCUUCUGGUCAUUUCACCGUCAGGACCGAUCCUGUUACCAAUGAAGGCUUGGUAACAGUUGUAAGGGAGGUUGACUAUGAAAUGAACAGAGCCUUCAUGCUGACCGUGAUGGUCUCCAAUCAAGCUCCCUUAGCAAGUGGGAUCCAGAUGUCCUUCCAAUCUACAGCUGGGGUCACCAUUUCAGUCACUGAUGUCAACGAGCCACCCUACUUCCCAACAAACCACAAGCUCAUCAGACUGGAAGAAGGCGUGCCAACAGGAACAACACUGAUGACUUUUUCAGCUGUGGAUCCUGACCGCUUCAUGCAGCAGGCUGUAAGAUACUCCAAGCUGUCAGAUCCUGCAAACUGGCUGAACAUUAAUGCCACAAAUGGUCAGAUCACCACAGCCGCCGUCCUUGAUCGGGAGUCAGCCUAUAUUAAAAACAAUGUCUACGAGGCCACAUUCCUGGCAGCUGACAACGGUGACUAUGCUCAACUCAGUUUACGAAUAGCAUACUUGGAAGCUGGUGUGUAUGAUGUGCCGGUCAUUGUGACAGAUUCCGGGAACCCUCCUCUGUAUAACAUGUCCAUCAUCAAGGUCAAG